CUAAAAGAAAAUACCAUGGCGUAUAAAAGAAAAUCUCCCGUCUCGUCUCCUCCGCUCUUGCGCCAUCUUGCGGCUGAACAGGGGAGGGGCGCCGACCUCCAUCUGGCGAGCAGGGGAGGGGAGGGGAUUCUGGCAGGGGAAGACAUGGCUUCACGCUCGACGCCUUCGAAGAGGCCGUUUCAAAAGAAUUCUUCAGAGCAAAAUGGUCGGGGCAAGUGGCAGAAAACAAAGCACAAUUCUUUGCAGCAGCCUCAACUGAUAGUGCAACCUGGUGUUCCUAUUUUCCGCAUUCUCUGCCCUACUUCAAAAUCUGGGAAUGUCAUUGGCAAGGGUGGAGGCAUCAUUGCAAAGAUAAGGCAAGAGACUGGAGUAAAAAUCAGGGUUGAUGAAGUUGUCCCUGGUUGUGACGAGAGGGUUAUUGUGAUAACUGCCAUUGAUAAGGACAGAGAAGUUAGUCAUGUGCAAACUAAGGAAAACGACGGAGGUGUGGCUUGUUCUGUUGAUGGCAACCAUGGAAUGGAGAAGGACCACACUAAGGAAGAAAAGGAUGAAAGUAACAAAGAAAUGGAUGAUUCAGAGAAAGGCCUUGGUAAGGAAGAAAAGGAUGAUUUAGAAAAAGAUCAUGAUAAGGAGGACAGGGAUGAGUCAGGGAAAGACAAUGAUAAGAAAGCAGAUGAUUCCUCUGUUGCAAAAGAUACAAAUUCUGAGCCAGAGGCGCAGCUGGAGCUGGAGAAGGGAAUGCCAUUAGCCGUGAAGGCCAUUUUGCUUGUAUUUGACCGGAUUUUUGUAAAUGAAAUGGAAAAUGGAACAGGAGAUGCAUCUGGUGAGAGAAAUCAUGUUUCAUUGAGAUUAUUGGUGCUAGACAGCCAAGUAGGUUGGCUUUUGGGAAAGAAUGGUAGUGUGAUUAAGCAAAUGUCUACUGACAGCUGUUGUGAAAUUCGAGUUUCAAAGGACAAGCUUCCAUUAUGUGCUUUACCCCGAGAUGAACUUUGCCAGAUCACUGGAGAGCUCGACUCAGUCAGGAAAGGUCUGAAUACAGUUGCUCAGUUGCUAUUUACUCAUCCUCCUAAGGAGAGUGAUGUUCUUGGUGCUCAUAAUUCUGGUUCAUCUCGUUCAUUCUUCAAUCAACCAGAUGUUCUUCCUCCAGGAAUGCAACCUAAUCUCCAUCUCCCUUUUCAAGGGCCAAAUGUUGCUCAUCUUCCCAAUUUUCCUGAAGCUCUAAUGCAUGGCCAUGGCUCAGUCCCACCUGAACCCCUUACUUUUAGGUUGUUAUGCUCAAGUGACAAGGUUGGAGGUAUAAUAGGGAAGGGUGGAAACAAUAUCAAGUCUAUUCAGAAUGAUACAGGCUGUGAAAUAAAGGUUCUUGAUACUGUUCCAAAAUCUGAAGAUCGCAUCGUAUUUAUCUCAGGACCUGCGCAUCCGGGUGAUGGAAUUUCCCCUGCACAGAAUGCAAUUCUGCAUGUGCAGCGUAAAAUUGUACCGACCUCCAACACCAAGGAGGGUCCUGCGAUAUGUAGGCUGAUUGUUUCACCGAACCAAGUUGGUUGCCUUCUUGGCAAAGGUGGUAGUAUCAUAGCUGAAAUGAGGAAGCUAUCAGGAGCACAUAUUAUAGUGCUGAGCAAAGACAAGAUCCCAAAGGGUGUCCCAGAAAAUGAUGAAGUUGUUCAGAUUAGUGGGGCCUCUGAAGCUAUUCAGGAAGCUCUAAUGCAGAUAACUGCAAGACUGCGGAACCAUCUUUUCCGGGACAGAAUGGCUUCAACAGUCCCUAAUGUGCAGCCACCUUUUGGUUUGGUGGAUCCUCAGUUUGGUUCAUAUGCGGGAAACCAUGAUUCUAUAUCUCCUAGGAUUUUUCCUAAUGUGCCUCAGUUUCAUAAAGAUUUUAUAGGACGACCAUUGGAUGAGAUGUCUGCUCCUUGGACCAUGAAGGGCAUGCAGGUUGUUGGUGAUCCAAUUUCAUUGCCUGAUAUCCCAGGAAUGGCGCAUAGAGGAAUGGGUGGAUUUCCUGGGCCUGGUCAGCCAUCUAUCGUAUCAACCAUAACUGCAGAUGUCAUGGUCCCAAAAUUAGUUUUACCUUCUCUAUGUGGGGAAGAUGGAGGCUGUUUAAACAGAAUUCGUGAGUUUUCAGGGGCUAAGAUAACUGUCGCAGAUCCGAUGGGUAAUGCAAUGGACACUGCUAUUUUGAUAUCCGGCACACCAGACCAGAUGCAUGCAGCCCGAAGUCUUAUUCAAGCAUUUGUCCUAAGUGAACCACUAGCCCCCUGAUAUUUCAAAUACCUGAAGGUAGUGACCAUGGACUGGUUGAGUUGCUGGUGAUGAUGAUUGUGUGGGCAAUGAAGCUAGUGACCUUAUGUGUUCAUAUUUAUGAAUAUGCGUGCCCUGUUUGCAGACUUGCAUAUGGUCGAAGAGGCUAAUUAUGCUGAAUAGUGACUAAAUUUCAACAUGAUGGAUCUUUGCUAGGUUCUUUGGAAAAUAUCCCAGUCUUUUCAUUGUGAGAUAGAAAUGCUAUGGUUAGCUGCACAGUUCUCUUUUCAUGCAAGCUAUAUGCUUGGAGCUUGAAAGCUUCAAACUUUUUUUUGUAUGAUGAGCCCAUCAUGUUGAUUUUCUAAACUUAUAUUAAGGAAACUAGCCUAAUUAUUGCAUUUUUGUUUGAUAUGUACAUUGGUGAGAGAAUGUUAUACAGCUUCAUGUCUCUAUUCCAGUACCCUGAUAUGAAUUAAGUAUAUGG